CAGUUAGGAUCGCGUUCCAAAGCUUCGGAAUCUCAUACAACAUCCGAUUUCCACAAAGAGAUCAGGUGAGAUGGGGGUCGGAUCCAUCGGCUCUCUACCAAUGUACCGUGCAUAAUCGGAAGCUCACCUUCAACCCAGAGUUCACUCGGUGUGUUCCGGCAUGCUCUUACUGGAAACGGAAAGUGGCCUCAUCUUCAGAUCUCGAAUCGUCUGAUUCUCAAAACCCUCGCUGGGUCGCCGACGCCACCCAACCGUCUGUACAAUACAUAAGGCUUCGUUGCGAUGGCUUCUCGACGGUCGACCCUCCGUCUCUUCUGCCAGUGCAAGGCACGCGGCCAAUUGAGUCCCCGGAACCGGAGACCGCUGUCGACGUUCCCGGAGUUGGAAUCUUCACCACGUAGCCAACGUCUUGCACCGUCGAGGAGUUACUUGGGGUGGGCGGCGUUUGGUUUUCUGGUCGUUGCGCCUUUAACAUACUACAAGAUGGCAGUCGGCGAGCCCCUUCUACUGGACUCUCUCGCACAGCGCGACGAGCAGCUCAAGCGCGAGGAAGGGGUGACGGAGCUCUCACCAAUGCGCCUGCGCAUGGAAAAGUUUACCAAGGAGCAGCAGAGGGAGAUUGUGCAGGCGCUGGAGAAGCUUGACGGCAAAAAGUUCCGGAUCGAUGAGUGGCAGCGCAAGGAGGGCGGCGGCGGCAUCACGUGCGUGCUACAAGACGGCAAUGUCUUCGAAAAGGCCGGUGUCGGCGUGAGCGUCGUUUAUGGCACCCUUCCCAAACCGGCCAUCCUAAAGAUGCGCGCCAAUCACAAGAACAUCGCCGACGAGGACAAUAUCCCCGACAGCCUCGAGUUCUUCGCCGCCGGGCUUAGCCUGGUCGUGCAUCCCAAGAAUCCCAUGGCGCCGACGGUGCACUUGAACUACAGGUACUUUGAGACAACCAAACCCGACGGAUCCCCGGGCGCAUGGUGGUUUGGCGGCGGCAGCGACUUGACGCCUAGUUAUCUCUUUGACGAGGACGCCAUACAGUUCCACAAAACGCUGAAGGAAGUCUGUGACAAGCACGACAAGGAGUACUACCCGAGGUUCAAGAAGUGGUGCGACGAGUAUUUUUACAACAAGCACCGCGGCGAAGCCAGGGGCAUCGGCGGCAUCUUCUUCGACGACCUUGAUGAGACCGUGUCGGACAAGGAGAACACAUUUGCCUUCAUAUCGGACGCGCUCAAGUCAUUCAUCCCGACUUACAUCCCAAUCGUUAGCAAGCGCAAGGAUAUGCCCUUCACGGAAAAGGAGAAGGAGUGGCAGCAGAUCCGGCGGGGGAAGUACGUCGAGUUCAAUCUGGUGCAUGACCGAGGGACGGCGUUUGGGUUGAACACUCCCGGCGCGAGGGUAGAGAGUAUUUUGAUGAGCCUGCCCCUGACGGCGAGUUGGAAGUAUAUGUAUGAGCCGGAGCCGAACAGCAGGGAGGCUAGGCUGGUUGAAGUGUUGAGGAACCCCAAAGAGUGGGUAUAGUGUGGGGAGGCAUAUUGAUGAGCUUCCAUGUAUCAUAUUUGUGAUCUUGUAAAAUAAUUAUGAAUGUACAGGAUUCGAUUUCCUGUUGCCCCUA